UGUCACAAGAACGAACAUGACGACCAUUAAUAGAGUUUCGCAAGUGGAGUACGCUUGCGGAUGGAACUUCUACACGAUGAAAUUCAUGGGUAUAUGGCCAGAAGAAAGAAAGUUCGAUCGAAUCUCGAGCUACAAAGUAUUAAUAGGGAUUAUCUUCAUCCUCUCAUUCUGCACUAUACCUCAAUACAUACUACUCUAUUAUGAUCGACGUGAUUUCGACUUGGUUAUAGAAAAUCUAUCUUUAGACACCAUAAACGGAACGAUCUCAUUCGUAAAGAUGAUCUUCUUCUGGUUUAACGGAGGACUCAUAUCAAUUGUUUCCAUUGAAGCAAUAAAAGAUCUUCUCCGCGCAAUGGAGGAAGAUUGGAAGGAAGUAUCUAUGAAGGAAGAUGAAACGAAAAUGAUGAAAUACGCAAAAUUCAGCAAGAAUCUAGCUAUGAGUGCAACCCUUAUUUGUUAUGCUGUCAUCGUUAUAUAUACUAUCAAGAGAUGCCUAUCGAUGCGUACCGAGGGUCGUCUUCUAUUCUUCCCUGCGUAUUUUCCAUUUGAGACAAUGACUAGUCCAACAUUCGAAUUUAAGUUCAUUGGUCAAAUGAUAGGUACAACUUAUUAUACAGUAAUGUAUACGUCAGUGGAUACUUUCCUAGCCAUGUUGAUCCUUCACGUGUGUGGACAACUUUCGAGACUACAAAACGUUCUCAUCAAUUUGAAUUCCGCUACGAGACAAGAAUUUCAAAUCAAAUUAAGUUACAUCGUAAAAAGGCACGAUUAUUUGAACAGGUACCUAAUGAUUCAAUUCAUCGAUACGAUAGAAGAUCGAUUCAAUUUAAUGCUCCUCUUCCAAAUACUCGCUUGCACCGUGCAACUCUGUAUGGAAUGUUUUCAAGGACUUUUGUUAAUGGUCAAUGGAAAAAUGCAAGUAGUAGAGAUUGGAUUCUUCGCACUCUACAUCUCUUACGUUCUACUUCAAUUAUAUCUCUACUGCUACGUCGGUGAAAAACUUUGGUCCGAGAGUACUGAACUUGCUACUGCCGCAUACGAAUGUAAAUGGUACGAUUUACUACCGAACGAGGCUAGAUGCCUGAUACUGAUAAUCCGUCGAGCACGAUCACCUUUGCGUCUAACAGCAGGAAAAUUCUUUACUUUAAAUCAUGAACUUUACAGCAGCGUAACUUUUGUUAGAGCAUGCGCUAUGAAAGUAACCGAACUUAUGCUUCUCGAAAUAAGAAAGGAACCGCCCGGAAACAGUCCUUGGUACGUUCUUGUCGCAAAAGCCUACAUGGAUAAAAGUCGAGUGGAUGAUAAAAAAAUUUCACACGUCCAUUACGCUUGUGGCUGGAACAUCUACAGCAUGAGAUUCAUGGGUCUUUGGCCGGAUGAGAAGUUGAUCAGUCCAUCGGAGAACAUAAAAGUUUUCUCCGCGAUAUUUUUCAUGUUUUUUUUCGUAAGCUUACCGCAAACGAUAAAUCUUUUCUUCAUAUGGGGUGACUUCGAUCUGGUCGUAGAAAAUCUGUCUAUGGAUAACAUGACCAUUUCUAUUGCGAUUCUGAAGACUAUCGCUUUUUGGCUUAAUGGAAAAUCCCUGAAAGGACUGUUAAACUUCAUGGAGAAGGAUCGCAAGGAAGCUACGAAAGAAGAUGACGUUAAAAGGAUGAUGAUCGUAGCUGAAAUUUCAAGAAAAAUAACCAUAACGGCCAACAUAAUGUGUAACAGCCUCGUCGUUUUUUACGCCAUAAUGCAUUUGGCAACAAAUUAUGCAAACGCCCGUGGACUCUUCUUCCCAGCCUAUUUUCCAUGGGAAACGAAACCCAGUCCAAAUUAUGAAUUAAUCUUUUUCGGACAGUUAAUGGGCUCCUUUUAUGCUUGCGCUACUUAUUCCGUGGUCGACACAUUCGUCGCUACUCUGGUGUUACACGUUUGCGGACAAUUGGCUAAUCUGAGGCACGAGCUAAUUAAUUUGCGAAGCGAAACGAAUAAUGAAUUUCAGGCAAAGUUAGGACGCAUCGUGAAGAAACACGAAUACCUUAACGGAUUCACAGAAACGAUUGAAAAAUGCUUCAACAUUAUGUUACUGAUUCAGAUGUUAGGAUGUACCAUAACACUCUGCUUGGAAAGCUUUCAAACGCUCGAAUCUCUAACAGGUGAAAAGGAUAAAUUCUUUCUAUUGGAACUCGGAUGCGCAGCAUUCUACGUCUGUUAUAUCCUAAUUCAACUUUAUCUCUAUUGUUACGUGGGCGAGAGACUUCUUUCAGAGAGUACAGAAAUGGCGAGUGCUGCCUACGAAUGCGAAUGGUACAAUUUGUCACCGAACGAAGCAAAAUGUCUCAUACUGAUCAUGCGCCGCGCGAGAUCGCCCUUGCGCAUUACAGCUGGAAAAUUUUGUUCCUUCAAUCAUGAGCUUUUCAGCGAAGUCGUUAGAACAUCAAUGGGUUAUUUAUCGGUUCUCUACGCAGUGAAGACCGAAGAAUAAAAAUAAACAUACAAUGUCUGUAAACAAAAUAUUAUUGUAAAGUCU